AUGGUCGCCGCAAAGAAGCAUGUCCCCAUCGUGAAGAAGCACACCACCCGCUUCUUCCGCCACCAGUCGGACCGCUUUAUGCGUGUCGGUGCCUCGUGGCGCAAGCCCAAGGGUAUUGACAACUGUGUCCGCCGCCGUUUCAAGGGUGUUAUUCGCAUGCCCAAGAUCGGUUAUGGCUCCAACAAGAAGACCCGCCACAUGAUGCCCUCCGGCCACAAGGCCUUCCUCGUCCACAACCCCAAGGAUGUCGAGCUCCUCCUGAUGCACAACCGCACCUACGCUGCCGAGAUCGCCCACGCCGUUUCUUCCCGCAAGCGCGUUGAGAUCCUCGCCAAGGCCAAGGCUCUCGGUGUCAAGGUCACCAACGCCAAGGGCCGUGUCACCACCGAGGCUUAA